GCCGUGUCAGGUUGGGGGUGACGCAGCGAGUUUUUGUGAGGCUCCGUACAGCCGGGAGGGCGGGCAGAAUAAUAAAAACAAAUCCGUGCCGAAGAGGAGAGAAGGCGGGAUAUAAAGCCGAGCUGACGCCUUACGUCCAGUGACGUUCAGGAACGAGCCAGGCCGUAGGUGUGAGUGCAGUGUGCGGACCGGUGUUCAGUGCUGGUGAAGUUCAGAGCGAGUAUUGUGCGCCCGCCCGAUCCGGUUUUCCCUCGCAGUGACGGUGGAUGCGGCUCACCCGAGUUUAAACAACGACGAGCACAGUGGAGGCGCCAAGGAUGCCGCAGUCCAAGUCGCGGAAGAUCGCCGUGCUCGGAUACCGAUCAGUGGGUAAAUCUUCUUUAACAAUUCAAUUUGUUGAAGGGCAGUUUGUGGAUUCCUAUGACCCCACUAUAGAAAACACAUUUACAAAACUGAUCAGUAUAAAUGGACAAGAGUAUCACCUUCAGCUAGUCGAUACCGCUGGACAAGAUGAAUUUUCAAUAUUCCCUCAGACUUACUCCAUAGAUAUUAAUGGAUAUAUACUUGUAUAUUCAGUCACCUCCAUUAAAAGCUUUGAAGUGAUUAAAGUAAUCCAUGAGAAGUUGUUGGACAUGGUUGGGAAAGUCCAGGUACCCAUAAUGUUGGUUGGAAAUAAGAAAGAUUUGCACAUGGAAAGGGUGAUCAGUUAUGAAGAAGGAAAAGCAUUAGCAGAAUCAUGGCAUGCUGCUUUCUUGGAAUCUUCUGCUAAAGAGAAUCAGACUGCUGUUGAUGUUUUUAAAAGAAUAAUUUUAGAAGCGGAAAAGAUUGAUGGUGGAUGUUCACAAGGGAAGUCUUCCUGCUCCGUAAUGUAAUUCCACUACACAAGCUGCGGACACUGGGAAUAUAUUCUACUUGAAUAAGCAAACUGCCUGUUCUACUUCAAAACUAGGCUUUUCAUGUAACCAUUCCUCUCCCAGGAGGUGUGGUCUUGCUAGCAGCACCAUGUGUCCUCUUCUGGGAUUGGAAGGGUUGCACUGUUUUUCAGGAUAGAGAUGGUCACAGCCGCCUUUUUAUUUUAUUUUAUUUUUUUGUUUUUGUUUUCCAUGCAGAUUAUUCAGGAAUCUGACUACUUCAGCUCUUCAAUCACACACUUUCAAUUUGUAUAUCCAUAUUUCUUAAUAUUAUGGCCAAUACUUUUACAGGCAUUAAUUUUUCAGUGUAGUUUGUUUAUAAUAUUGUAAUCACUCAAAUGAUGCAUAUUGUUACAUUAUUCUUUACUUAACCCAGCUUGAACGUCAGUGUUUUCUUUCAUUGUUCAGUGUAAACUUGUAAAUAAAACAGCUGCAGACCUUAAA